GAAAUUGUGCCCUUGAGGGUUUAAGCGAAACCGAAACAUGAAGAAGAGGGCCAGGGCAGUUUCAGACGAAAGUCCGAUCAGGGCCAUCGCUUGUCUCAAGAAAAUCGACGACAUCAAACGUUUCGAGGAAACUGAUGAUUGUUUCAUCCUAGGAUUCGAUCCUACCGAAUCUACUCCCAACAAAGACGAUAAUGUUUCCUCUAAACCUCUCAACAAAGACGCUGAUGAUGAUAUCUGCGUUCUUGCUGAAAAGGGCAAGAUAGCUCUUAGAGAUUAUCCUCAUUCAAGACAUUUAUGUCUGAAAUUUCCAUUCAAGACUACUCCUAGUGAAAGCUAUUGUGAAAAGUGCUACUGUUAUGUUUGUGAUUCUGCUGCACCCUGUAUGUACUGGACGGUUUCGAGGCAUUGCGCUGCUGAGAAUUCCGGUCACUGGAAGGAUAAGAGGAAAGUCAGAAAGACAACUUAUUGAAGUGUAAAUUUCUUGCUUAGAAAUUUCCCAUUUUAUAUUUUUGGUUAGACUUAGUCAUCUAGUUUAUAGAUUUAUAGAUGAUAAACAAAUCAUGUUGCUCAAAUGCAAUAGGAUGUGGUAUGAUGAAAGCUUCUCUUUUGGGAUUAGAGAAAUGUUUUCAGAUUUUGAACAUGAGGUGUUUGUUACUAUUGAAUCUGCUGAUUUAGGAAUCUUCAAGAUAUCUGCUACUAGUUAUUUACACAACUAUUUCCAUGCUAUUUUGUUUCAAUCUAAAAAAGGUUACUAGAGCAACAUAUAGUUGUGUUCUAAUAAAGAUGUUGGUGUUUUGUGCUCCAACUAUAGUUGUGUUAUGUAGAAAGCAAGAUGCAAGGGAUAGCAAACAGGCAUGUCAGCCCUGCAAAAAACGAGGUGAACAUAGUUGAGGGUGUGGGGCGAAGUGGACCCACGGGCAUUGCACUUUUAUUGUCUAAAAUUGCAAAAAAUUAUGUUAAUGUCCGCGUCCGAAAAAAACGGGAUGGACAUAUUAGAGGGCGUAGGUCUAGAAUUUUGGCCCACCCCGCGUAAAAUAGAGGGCAAAAUGAGGGCAUGUCCGGUGGACCGGGCCCGUUUUUCCAACCUAGAUGCAAUGUAAAAUAUUACUAUAUUGAUGUACAGAGGAAAAAGAAAUGAACAGAAUUUGGGGUUUUUCAUCUGUGACUGAAUUUGAAUGGUAUAUAUACAAGUAAUUGUGUGAUCCAACUCUA